CGGUAACAAGGUGAGCCGGCAGUCGGUGCUGUGCGGCAGCCAGAACAUCGUGCUCAACGGCAAGACCAUCGUCAUGAACGACUGCAUCAUCCGCGGGGACCUGGCCAACGUGCGCGUGGGCCGGCACUGCGUGGUCAAGAGCCGCAGCGUCAUCCGGCCGCCCUUCAAGAAGUUCAGCAAGGGGGUCGCUUUCUUUCCUCUCCACAUUGGCGAUCACGUCUUCAUCGAAGAGGACUGUGUUGUCAACGCCGCCCAGAUCGGCUCCUACGUGCACAUAGGCAAGAACUGUGUCAUUGGCCGUAGGUGUGUUCUGAAAGACUGUUGCAAAAUCUUGGACAAUACAGUAUUGCCUCCUGAAACGGUCGUCCCGCCUUUCACAGUGUUCUCGGGCUGCCCAGGACUCUUCUCCGGGGAACUCCCGGAAUGCACCCAGGAGCUCAUGAUGGACGUUACAAAAAGCUAUUACCAGAAGUUCCUGCCGCUCACUCAGGUCUAGUAGCCUCGUUGCCGUG